GGUGCUGCCAUCUAUCCACGUAAAUCGCAACUUUCAAUAACCAGGUCUCUUCUUUUAUGAUGCACGUGUUGUUAGAUGAUGCUUAAGUAUUAUAAGCAUUUAAUAAUCUUUCAGUAAUUAUGAGUGAAAAGUUAUUGACUGAUAAAAUAAACUGUAUCGCAAAACAGUUCCUGUGUAAUGUCCCUGUGGCUUCUAUUGGCUGGAACGAUAUUUUCAAUCACUUAAACUGUGAUGAUCAGCUACGGCUGCUGAAUGCGACUGUAAACUCAGAAAUAGUGGUAAAACACCCGAUAAAUCCCAAUUAUCAGAAACAUUUCCUCAAACAUAUACUCAAUAGACUAGAGAGUGAAGGAAUCGAUAUUCACGACGACUUAUAUUCGGCGUACGGCCGCGUGAUGGCGCUACCAGUAUCGAAUGAGAGCUAUUUUAAGCAUUACAGUGCUGACAGUGUUGCCGCCAGCGGGAGAAUCAUCAGUUUGAAAGAAAGCGGUUACCUCAUUUCGGAUGGAACAACUGGUUUGAGAACCUGGGAGGCAGCAUUGGCAUUAUCAGAAUGGAUCAUAUCAAACCAAGACCUUUUCAAAGAUAAAAAGGUACUCGAACUUGGAUCAGGCUUAGGUCUAACAGGCUUGGUCCUAUCCACAGAGCUCGCGCCAAAUAUUGUUUAUUUAACAGACUGCCACCCAGCGGUAUUGAAAAAUAUGCAGGAUAAUGUGAGACUAAACGUUGAGAAGGAAACCAUUGACUUAACAGAUGAAAAUGAUGACACUGUGAAAAUUAAUGACAGGUGCAUAUAUCGCUCUUCCGGUCGCAAGCCUUCAGUGGCAAUUUUAAAUUUGCCAUGGGAAGACGUUGUCGAAGAUACAUGCAAGCAAAUAGGAGAAAUCGACAUAAUAAUCGCUGCAGAUAUUGUAUAUGAUGCAGACUUGUUUGGUCCCUUGUUACAAGCCAUGCGCAAUUUUUCAAAAUACUGUAAUGUUGAGGAGUUUAUUUUUGCAUGUACUGAGAGAAAUCCCGGGACCUUGGAUAAAUUCAAGAGAGAAUUGGGUAAGGGAUACAAUGAAAUAGGUUGAUUUGUUUUAGAUUGGAUGUUGCCUGUUCAGAUUUAUACACUCUACCCAUGGGCGCCCACAGGAUUUUUUUUUCCAGGGGUGCGAUCAUCACUAGGAAAG